GUAAAGAAUUUCCGCUCGGCAUUCUUCGUUGUUUUCUGUGACAAGCGUAAAACUUUUCAUCAACAGCCGCCAUUUUGGGUAAUUUUAGAUCCUAAAUUUUCCUUUUUUUAGCGUUAAUAUACCGUUCAGAUUCUGAUUCGAACGGAUCGCUUCACAUUGAACAUAUCUAGGAUGACACACGGAACUCACUGAGAUCGACAGGUGUGAUUUUAGAGUGGAUCUGGAGUAGUCAAAGUUCAGCGGAGAUACGGGGUAAUUUGCUUUGUGCGGCAAUUCCAGGUGAAAUUAUGACUUGACAUCAGGCGAAAUUAUCUUAACUGCUUAUAUGGCACCUUGGAUUUGAUCUGCAAAGCUUUGUGAGCAUUCGCAGACAACGAUAGGAUGUAUUUAGACCGUUAUUAUUCAGUAUUUAUUCGAGAAUUGUGAACCAUUUGCAAAAUUCGCAAGAAGAGAUCACAACAUGGCCGACCAACUUGUGGACGGGCCUCCUAACAAGAGGCAAAAGAUACAAUCCCCGGCUCUUACUCCCAGCGAAAAUGUCGAAUUCUUCGGCAAGUUAUUGGACGACUUGGAAAAUGACUUGCCAGACGAACUUGUUGGAUCAUCAACGGAGAACCAGAAUGGGCCUACAGUGGCACAGAAAGCUCUGGAUGAUAACCCCAACAAUCCUUCGAGGCACCAGCAACUGUCACAGCUCCUCUCUUCAGAUUCUCCCACUCCCGGACAGACCAGCAAUAGCUCUAGCCCACAGCAUUCGAGUUCAGGGCACAUCCAAGGACAGGCAUCUGUGGCCAGUAGCAUGGCCAAUAGCAUGAACUCCAAUGCCAACAACAUGAAAAGUCCAUUAUCAAACAGUUUAUCUUCCCCUCCAAACAGAGGGGUGGCAACUUCAACACCCCACAGUAUGGGAGGCAAUGACUUGAAUUCCUUGAAUUCAAACAUGAACUCUAUGAAUAGCACUAUGUACAGUAUGGCUAACAAUAUGGGCAUUGGGAAUAACAUGUCAGUGGCUAAUUCAAUGGGAGGCAUGUCUGUGUCCAAUUCUAUGAGCAUGGCAAGUAUGUCAAUGGCAAAUUCUAUUAAUUCAGUCAACUCCAUGAAUACAAAACUUGUGACUUCACAACCAAUGAUGAACACUGGUGGAAAUAUGCAGCAUUUAAAUCCAUUGAUGAAUGGGCCAAGCACUAUAUCACUGGGCGGCCCUAACAGGCCACAGCAGAUGAAUCCAAAUUUUAAUUCACAAGGCAAUAUGAUGGGGGGACCCAAUGCAAUGGGAAACCACAUGGGUCCAUCCUCAAUGGGGAAUACUAUGAACAGUAUGGGUAACGUCAUGUCCAGCUCUGGAGGAAACCUGCUUGGGACACAACUCAAUGCCUCCCAGCCUAACAUGGGACAUCCCGGAGGACCUGGGAUGAACACGGGAGGAGGAGUGCCAAAUGCAUUGCUCAAGCUGGCUCCCCAACCAGGCUUGACCCAGCAGGCACCACCGACUGCACAUGCAGACCCAGAGAAACGGAAACUUAUCCAACAACAGUUGGUGCUGCUGCUUCAUGCACACAAAUGUCAGAGGCGUGAACAAGCCAAUGGAGAAGUUCGCCAGUGUACACUGCCACAUUGUCGUACCAUGAAAAAUGUAUUGAAUCACAUGACAACUUGCAAUGCAGGGAAGAACUGUCAGGUUGCUCACUGUGCAUCUUCACGCCAGAUUAUAUCUCAUUGGAAAAAUUGUACUCGUCAGGAUUGUCCUGUUUGCUUGCCACUGAAGCAUGCUUCAGCAGAUAGGAGAACUACAGCAUCUGUUCUUGCUGCUCUUGCAGGACCUAAUUCAGGUCAAAAUCUGUUAGGAUCCAGUCAGGGCCCAGCUCCUAUUGAGAUGCAGAAGGCCUAUGCUGCACUUGGUCUCCCCUAUCCCUCACAGGGACCCAACAGUCAGCCACAGCUUAGGCCAUCUCUCAAUACUUCUCAAGGUCCAAUGCAGCAAACUGGUGGCAUAAUGUCUCCUCCCAUGGAUGCUGCUCGUAUGAACCAAAACACCAACCUUAUCUCACAGCAGCUGCAGAUGGGAAGCACUGGUAAUCUGAGUGGUUCUUUGGGGACUGGACCAAAUCAGAAUAUAGCCAUGACAAACAAAGGAACAAAAGACUGGCACAACCAUGUGACACAGGACUUGAGAAAUCACCUGGUGCAUAAGUUGGUUCAAGCAAUAUUCCCUACCCCAGAUCCCCAAGCAUUAAAGGACAGGAGGAUGAAUAAUCUAGUCGCCUACGCCCGUAAAGUUGAGGGAGACAUGUACGAAACUGCAAACAGCCGAGAAGAGUAUUACCACUUGUUAGCUGAGAAAAUCUACAAGAUCCAAAAGGAACUUGAGGAGAAAAGAAAAGCCAGGAUGCAGGGCAAAGAUCAAAAUAACCAGCAAGGGGGAGGGUUGCAGAGCAGUCUGAAUUCAGCCUUGGGCUUGUCAAGUCAAAGCUCAAUAUUUGAUUUUACAGACGGUCCGCCGCUGAUGAACACCAACCUGAGGAUGUCCAACCCCAACCUUCAGAACGACCCCUACUCCAUGGCGCCAGCGACGCCCUUCCAGAGAACAGGGUCUCUGCAGGGUCUGAACAGCUUAGGGGGUCCCAGGCCACCCCUGGCAGGACCCCAGGGGAACAAUGGACAGGUAAUGCAAGGCGGGAUGACCAAUUCCAACACCUUGAGUGCAGCACUGAAGGAAUCAAGGGAGGCUUUACAAGCUUCUUUGCAUAAAAAUGAAAUGCAGUUCAAGCAGCAGCAGCUGCAACAGCUACAGCAACAGCAGCAAAACCAACAACAUCAACAAUCUUUACAACAACAACAGCAGCAACCACCUGGCUCCAACCAGUCCAUGCAGCAGCAACAACAACAACAACAGCAACAGAAGCAGCAGUUAGUACAAGGACUGCAACAGAUGGGCCAGGGGAUGCAGGCAGGCCAAACCCCUCUACAGUCAAACCAACAGGUCAAGGUGGAACCAGGACAGAAACCCCCCUCAGCUCAGGGUGGGAAAGGAACCCCCUUGUCUCAGGCAUCCAACGCAGACAGCAGCAACAUAGAGAUCAAGAAGGAGCUGAAGCAGGAGUCGACUGGAAAGAUGGAGCCCGAGGAUGGAGGAGGUGGCGCCACCUCUGUGUCUGUGAAAGAGGACACUAGCUCCCAAGAGGUGCCCACUCCCAAGUCAACAGCCAGUGCAACUGGUGGGGAGAACAGUAAUGAUAGUAAACCCCCCAGUGUGGCCCCCUCUCCAGCACCCCAGUCGAAACCCAAGACAAAGAAAGUGUUCAAACCUGAUGAACUGAGGCAGGCAUUAAUGCCCACACUGGAGAAGCUAUACAGGCAAGACCCUGAAUCAUUGCCGUUUAGGCAACCUGUGGAUCCUAUACUUUUACAAAUACCAGAUUACUAUGAUAUUGUAAAGAAACCCAUGGACCUGUCCACUAUCAAGCGCAAGCUGGACACUGGUCAGUACCAGGACCCCUGGGAGUAUGUGGAAGACGUCUACAUCAUGUUCAACAAUGCCUGGCUCUACAACAGGAAGACCUCCCGGGUAUAUAAAUACUGCUCCAAGCUUUCUGAGGUGUUUGAAAAUGAAAUUGAUGGGGUGAUGCAGUCACUGGGCUAUUGUUGUGGCAGGAAGUAUGUCUUCUGUCCCCAAGUGUUGUGUUGCUACGGAAAACAACUCUGCACAAUCCCAAGAGAUGCUGUGUAUUAUGCUUAUGAAAACAGGUACACUUUCUGCGAGAAGUGCUUCAAUGAGAUUCAAGGUGAAGAUGUCGAGCUCUCUGACGACCCAUCACAGCCAAUUAUUCGCAUCAAGAAGGAUCAAUUUGUGAAGUUGAAGAACGACAAUUUAGAUUAUGAACCAUUUAUUGAGUGCAAUGACUGUGGACGGAAAGUUCACCAAAUCUGUGUUACUCACAUGGACACAAUCUGGCCUAAUGGAUACACAUGUGACAACUGUCAUAAAGCUAAGGGGACACGGAGGAAAGAAAACAAAUAUAGCGCCAAAAAGCUUCCAAACACAAAACUCGGUUUUUACUUGGAGAACAGAGUGAACAAUUUCUUAAAGAAGAAAGAUGUUGGCGCAGGAGAGGUGACCAUUAGGGUGCUGUCAGCAUUGGACAAAGUGGUGGAAGUGAAGCCAGGAAUGAAGGCCAGGUUUGGGAAUGAUAUCCCAGAUUCCUUCCCAUACAGGACGAAAGCCAUGUUUGCAUUUGAAGAAAUCGAUGGCACCGAUGUCUGCUUUUUUGGGAUGCACGUGCAGGAAUACUCCUCUGACUGUCCUCAGCCAAAUACAAGGCGUGUGUACAUAUCUUACCUUGACAGUGUUCAUUUCUUCCAACCUCGCCAGUUCAGGACCGCGGUGUAUCAUGAAAUCCUAAUCGGAUACCUAGAUUAUGUGAAGAGUCUGGGUUUCCUCCUAAGACUAGUGGGUUUUGAAAAGCUGGCUCCCCAACCAGGCUUGACCCAGCAGGCACCACCGACUGCACAUGCAGACCCAGAGAAACGGAAACUUAUCCAACAACAGUUGGUGCUGCUGCUUCAUGCACACAAAUGUCAGAGGCGUGAACAAGCCAAUGGAGAAGUUCGCCAGUGUACACUGCCACAUUGUCGUACCAUGAAAAAUGUAUUGAAUCACAUGACAACUUGCAAUGCAGGGAAGAACUGUCAGGUUGCUCACUGUGCAUCUUCACGCCAGAUUAUAUCUCAUUGGAAAAAUUGUACUCGUCAGGAUUGUCCUGUUUGCUUGCCGCUGAAGCAUGCUUCAGCAGAUAGGAGAACUACGGCAUCUGUUCUUGCUGCUCUUGCAGGACCUAAUUCAGGUCAAAAUCUGUUAGGAUCCAGUCAAGGCCCAGCUCCUAUUGAGAUGCAGAAGGCCUAUGCUGCACUUGGUCUCCCCUAUCCCUCACAGGGACCCAACAGUCAGCCACAGCUUAGGCCAUCUCUCAAUACUUCUCAAGGUCCAAUGCAGCAAACUGGUGGCAUAAUGUCUCCUCCCAUGGAUGCUGCUCGUAUGAACCAAAACACCAACCUUAUCUCACAGCAGCUGCAGAUGGGAAGCACUGGUAAUCUGAGUGGUUCUUUGGGGACUGGACCAAAUCAGAAUAUAGCCAUGACAAAUAAAGGAACAAAAGACUGGCACAACCAUGUGACACAGGACUUGAGAAAUCACCUGGUGCAUAAGUUGGUUCAAGCAAUAUUCCCUACCCCAGAUCCCCAAGCAUUAAAGGACAGGAGGAUGAAUAAUCUAGUCGCCUACGCCCGUAAAGUUGAGGGAGACAUGUACGAAACAGCAAACAGCCGAGAAGAGUAUUACCACUUGUUAGCUGAGAAAAUCUACAAGAUCCAAAAGGAACUUGAGGAGAAAAGAAAAGCCAGGAUGCAGGGCAAAGAUCAAAAUAACCAGCAAGGUGGAGGGUUGCAGAGCAGUCUGAAUUCAGCCUUGGGCUUGUCAAGUCAAAGCUCAAUAUUUGAUUUUACAGACGGUCCGCCGCUGAUGAACACCAACCUUAGGAUGUCCAACCCCAACCUUCAGAACGACCCCUACUCCAUGGCGCCAGCGACGCCCUUCCAGAGAACAGGGUCUCUGCAGGGUCUGAACAGCUUAGGGGGUCCCAGGCCACCCCUGGCAGGACCCCAGGGGAACAAUGGACAGGUAAUGCAAGGCGGGAUGACCAAUUCCAACACCCUGAGUGCAGCACUGAAGGAAUCAAGGGAGGCUUUACAAGCUUCUUUGCAUAAAAAUGAAAUGCAGUUCAAGCAGCAGCAGCUGCAACAGCUACAGCAACAGCAGCAAAACCAACAACAUCAACAAUCUUUACAACAACAGCAGCAGCAACCACCUGGCUCUAACCAGUCCAUGCAGCAGCAACAACAACAGCAGCAGCAACAGAAGCAGCAGUUAGUACAAGGACUGCAACAGAUGGGCCAGGGGAUGCAGGCAGGCCAGACCCCUCUACAGUCAAACCAACAAGUCAAGGUGGAACCAGGACAGAAACCCCCCUCAGCUCAGGGUGGGAAAGGAACCCCCUUGUCUCAGGCAUCAAACGCAGACAGCAGCAACAUAGAGAUCAAGAAGGAGCUGAAGCAGGAGUCGACUGGAAAGAUGGAGCCCGAGGAUGGAGGAGGUGGCGCCACCUCUGUGUCUGUGAAAGAGGACACUAGCUCCCAAGAGGUGCCCACUCCCAAGUCAACAGCCAGUGCAACUGGUGGGGAGAACAGUAAUGAUAGUAAACCCCCCAGUGUGGCCCCCUCUCCAGCACCCCAGUCCAAACCCAAGACAAAGAAAGUGUUCAAACCUGAUGAACUGAGGCAGGCAUUAAUGCCCACACUGGAGAAGCUAUACAGGCAAGACCCUGAAUCAUUGCCGUUUAGGCAACCUGUGGAUCCUAUACUUUUACAAAUACCAGAUUACUAUGAUAUUGUAAAGAAACCCAUGGACCUGUCCACUAUCAAGCGCAAGCUGGACACUGGUCAGUACCAGGACCCCUGGGAGUAUGUGGAAGACGUCUACAUCAUGUUCAACAAUGCCUGGCUCUACAACAGGAAGACCUCCCGGGUAUAUAAAUACUGCUCCAAGCUUUCUGAGGUGUUUGAAAAUGAAAUUGAUGGGGUGAUGCAGUCAUUGGGCUAUUGUUGUGGCAGGAAGUAUGUCUUCUGUCCCCAAGUGUUGUGUUGCUACGGAAAACAACUCUGCACAAUCCCAAGAGAUGCUGUGUAUUAUGCUUAUGAAAACAGGUACACUUUCUGCGAGAAGUGCUUCAAUGAGAUUCAAGGUGAAGAUGUCGAGCUCUCUGACGACCCAUCACAGCCAAUUAUUCGCAUCAAGAAGGAUCAAUUUGUGAAGUUGAAGAACGACAAUUUAGAUUAUGAACCAUUUAUUGAGUGCAAUGACUGUGGACGGAAAGUUCACCAAAUCUGUGUUACUCACAUGGACACAAUCUGGCCGAAUGGAUACACAUGUGACAACUGUCAUAAAGCUAAGGGGACACGGAGAAAAGAAAACAAAUAUAGCGCCAAAAAGCUUCCAAACACAAAACUUGGUUUUUACCUGGAGAACAGAGUGAACAAUUUCUUAAAGAAGAAAGAUGUUGGUGCGGGUGAGGUGACCAUUAGGGUGCUGUCAGCAUUGGACAAAGUGGUGGAAGUGAAGCCAGGAAUGAAGGCCAGGUUUGGGAAUGAUAUCCCAGAUUCCUUCCCAUACAGGACGAAAGCCAUGUUUGCAUUUGAAGAAAUCGAUGGCACCGAUGUCUGCUUUUUUGGGAUGCACGUGCAGGAAUACUCCUCUGACUGUCCUCAGCCAAAUACAAGGCGUGUGUACAUAUCUUACCUUGACAGUGUUCAUUUCUUCCAACCUCGCCAGUUCAGGACCGCGGUGUAUCAUGAAAUCCUAAUCGGAUACCUAGAUUAUGUGAAAAGUCUGGGGUACACCAUGGCCCACAUUUGGGCAUGUCCGCCAAGUGAGGGGGAUGACUACAUCUUCCAUUGCCACCCGGCGGAACAGAAGAUUCCCAAACCCAAGAGGCUGCAAGAGUGGUAUAAGAAGAUGCUGGACAAAGCCAUCAUUGAGAGGGUGGUCAUAGAUUACAAAGAUAUACUAAAGGAUGCAAUAGAAAACAAUAUUCAGAGUGCCACUGAGAUCCCGUACUUUGAGGGAGACUUCUGGCCCAACGUGCUGGAGGAAAGCAUUAAGGAGCUGGACCAGGAGGAAGAGGAAAGGGUGAAGAGAGAGGCGGCGGAGGCGGCUGCAGCAGCUGAAGAUAGCGUGGAUCUUGACCUAGAUGGGGACGGUGCUGAGGGUGCUCAGGGUAAGAAAAAGGGGCAGAAGAACCAGAAGAAGAAAGCCAAGAACACAAAGAGCAACCAACGCAAAAAUGUGAAGAAGUCCAACUACCCACAAGGUGGCAGCGAUCUCUCCGCCAAGCUGUUCCAGACAAUGGAAAAGCAUAAGGAGGUGUUCUUUGUGAUCCGUCUCCACUCCGCCCAAGUGGCAGCUACGUUGGGUCCGAUUGUCGACCCUGAUGGCAUGAGCUCUUGCGACUUAAUGGAUGGACGCGAUGCCUUCCUGACCAUGGCAAGGGAAAAGCACUUUGAAUUCUCCUCGCUAAGGAGAGCCAAAUACUCUACCAUGGCAUUGUUGUAUGAACUCCAUAACACAGGCAGGGAUAACUUUGUGUACACUUGCAACAACUGCAAGGCACAGGUGGAAACCAGAUACCAUUGCAGCAUUUGUGAUGACUAUGACUUGUGUAUACAGUGCUAUGAAAAAGAUGGUCAUGAACACAAGAUGGACAAGUUGGGCUUGGAUCUGGAUGACGGUCCAGGUGAUUCAGGAAAGCAGCAGAAUCCCCAGGAGUCACGCAGGCUCUCCAUUCAGAGGUGUAUUCAGUCACUGGUGCAUGCUUGUCAGUGCAGAGAUGCAAACUGUCGCCUCCCUAGCUGCCAGAAAAUGAAGCGUGUGGUGGCACACACAAAAAGCUGCAAAAGAAAGACUAAUGGGGGCUGUCCUAUUUGUAAACAGCUUAUUGCACUCUGUUGUUAUCAUGCCAAACAUUGCCAGGAAACAAAGUGCCCUGUGCCAUUCUGUUUGAAUAUCAAACACAAACUAAAACAACAACAACUUCAGCAAAGACUACAACAAGCUCAGAUGAUGAGAAGAAGAAUGGCCUUAAUGAACAGAGGUCCAUCCACAAUGCAGCAGUCCGUAAGUCAGACUCCAAGUAUUCAACCCGCCCCGGCCCCUAUACCUCAAACCACUUACAAUGGAUCAGGGGGAGGCAAACCCAGUGGCCCUCCACCAGGGGCGAUGAGUGCCGCCCAACAGGCCCUGGUGCAGGCCCAACGCCAGGCCGCGGUCCCUCCUUUUGGGAAGCCAACCACCAUCAGUCAGCCUGGAAUGCCCCCGCCUCAACCUCAAGUGAGUCAGAUGAACCAACCCAGUCCAAUGGGUAUGCAGCAAGUUGCCAGCCCAAUGCAAACUCAACAGCAACCACAACAGCAACCUCAACAGCCACAGCCAGGACAGCAGCAACAGCAGCAGCAGGGAUUGCCUUCAAUAAAUCGCUGGUCGAUGUACAAUGUGAAUCCAGGGGCGCGACAGCCACAACCAGGCCCCAUGCAGCAGGGAGCUCAAGGAGGAAUGAUGCAUCCUCAAAACCCCAACAUGCAGGGGCAAGCAGGGCUCACACAAAACCCACAGAGAUCUGCUUUGCAGAAACUUUUAGAGACGCUGAAGUCGCCAACGUCGCCGCAACAGCAGCAGCAGGUGCUGGCCAUACUGAAAUCAAACCCUCAACUUAUGGCUGCUGUAAUCAAGCAGCGUGCUCAGCAACAGCAGCAACAACAACAACAGCAGCAGCAGCAGCAACAACAACAGCAGCAAAUGCAAACGAUGCCUGGAGGUCCGCCUCAAGGGUUAUCAAUACCACAACAACAGCAGUGGGUGCGUAUGAGGCAAAUGCAGCAACAGCAGCAACAACAACAGCAACAGCAGCAGCAACAACAGUUUCAGCAGCCCCAGCCUCCACAGUUUGCUCAGCCCCAGAGGCCACGGAUGGGCUACCCCCAACAGAACAGCUUUCAGGGAGAAGUGAGUCAGCAGAUGCUGCAACAGUACCAGCAAAACCAGAUGCUUCAAGCGAGGCAUCAACAGCAGGUGCAAUACAAGCAACAGCUAGGGCCUAUGAGCCCAGCACAGCAACAGUUGAUUCAACAGGGGAACCCAGCUCAGCUUAUGCAGCAGGUGCGCUCUCCCCCUUCUUCCCUGCCACAGACAGUGCGUUCUCCACAGCCAAAUCUGUCGCCCCACCCCCAACCCACACCCUCUCCCAGGGGGGCGCAACCAUCCCCACAUCAUAUUCCACCCACCCAUUCCCCUCACCCCAACAUGGGGGCCCCCUUAGACCAAAUGAACACGGAUCAGGUGAUGCUUCCACAGAUGCAAAUGUCACAGCAUGGCAAUUUGUCACAGUUACAAAGUCCCCCCAACCCGGACAUUAACGUGAACAUGGGACAACAGGACAAUAACAUGGCCGAGCUCACGGCUCAGGACAAAUUACAGAGAUACGUGGAGAGUUUAUAGCAGGUCCUAUUAGUAUGAGACGAAUAAGAGAGAAAAAAGCAACUUCCAAAUCCCCACGUAGUAAGAGAUGUUUUAACUUAUGUACAAAGCGUGUAGAAAGUCAAAAAAACACAAGGACGUCGUUGUGUUUCUGUACAAAGUUUACUAUUCACAUUUUCAAGAUGAAUUUUUUCAAAAAACAAAUGUUUUAUUACUGCAUAACAAAUAUUUUAUUUUAUAAUAAUAAAAAAGACAGGCAUGGAUAUGAUGAAAGAGGCUGUAAGAUAUUGGAUUGUAUAUGCCCCCCAUCAUUUGCAACCAUCAUUUAGAUAUGAUAUAAAAUGUUUUGUAAGAAAAAAUAUUAAUAUAUGUGUGUGCAUGAAAUAAGGAGGAAGGUCCGGUCCAUCUUCUGGGCAGUCUAAAAUGUUGGUUUGUACCGAAGGCAUGUUGUAAUGUAAGUAAAUGAUUAUAAUAUUUUUCACGAAAAUUAGCUUAGCUAGGUUGAAUAAAAAUGAUUUUAUUAUUAUUAUUUGAUGAGUUUAUGGCAGAUAGUAGCUAUAAUUUUUAGCAGAAUGUUUAGCCAGUGAUUAUUUUGAAUCUCUGCCCCUCCCUUUUUUUCUUUUUAUUUUAUUAUUAUUGUGCCUCUUCGGACUUCCAUGCAGCUUUUGUUAAUUCUAGUUGAAUAUAGAAUGAAUCAUGUCUGUACAUAUAGCGCACACAAAAAUGUGUUCCAUCUUGAAUUCUCAAAUAAAUGUGUGCACAUUUUCUAUGUUAGAAACAAUUGUGGUGUUUUGUUUUAUAAUAAAUGAUGAAUCCUUUCAUAGUUACAUUAAAAUGCUUACUGCCUGAAGGAGACCUGGACAAGAAUGAGUGGUUUUCAAUAAACUGGCUUUCAAUCGAGGAUGAUUUA